AUGGCUCUCAUCAUCCGGCCAACGGCGGCGAUAGGUCAAGCCCUCGUUGGCACGAAAAAACUCCCGCACUGUCUGGAACCCGCCCUUUGUUUGACUGAAGAUAUCAUCAUCCCACCCGACUUGCGACCAACCUGCCUGAAGAAAAACAAAUCAAUGGCAUCAACUCAUCCAACCACCCAUGACACCAAGCCAACCAGCCCCAAGCCCGAGCCGAUAAGCCCCAAGCUUGAGCCGAUCACCCUCAAAUUUGAGCCGGUAAGCCCCACACCCGAGCCGAUGGACCACCCAUUAUCAUCCGGGCAGAGCAGGCCACUUCAGCCACCCAUCCCUGCUCCAACUGUGGAGACGGCUAAGCGGGCAGUGAAGAAGUCACCUACUAAAAGUUCUCCCAGUCAAGACUUGAGACGUAGUCGUCAAAUUUUUGACCAGGUGCACGGCCAAGGAAGUAUGUCCCUUAAGAACCUCAAGGAACACGCACACAUCAAGGGUGGACGACCAAAAUAA